GAGAGAAAGGAGGAGGGGGAGGAAGCCGCUCUCCCUCUGCUCUGCUCUCAGCCCAGCCUGCUUAGGAGGAGGGAGCACGGGAGAAGGUUGGGGGUGUGGAAGGAACUGCCUAUCAUGUUGGUUGCCAUGGGGAGAGGGUGGGGCUGGGAGCCGACCGGGCCUAUCAGGGGCGGGCGCUGCUGGUGUCGCCAUGGUGACGGGGUUGUUCCUGGUGGAAGGCUGUGAUCGGUUGACAGGUGUGUGUGACAAUCGGAGCUUUCUGCAAGCAUGUACGCCAAAGGCAAGAGUAACAGCGUACCGUCCGACAGCCAGGCCAGGGAGAAGUUAGCAUUGUAUGUAUAUGAAUACCUGCUGCACGUUGGCGCACAGAAGUCUGCCCAGACAUUUUUGUCAGAGAUAAGAUGGGAAAAAAAUAUCACACUGGGAGAACCCCCUGGAUUCUUACAUUCUUGGUGGUGUGUAUUUUGGGAUCUGUACUGCGCGGCACCAGAGAGACGGGAAACCUGUGAACAUUCGAGUGAAGCAAAAGCCUUCCAUGAUUAUAGUGCUGCAGCUGCCCCUAGUCCAGUUCUUGGAAACAUGCCUCCAGGGGAUGGAAUGCCAGUGGGCCCAGUUCCUCCAGGCUUCUUCCAGGGCCCUCCAGGUUCCCAGUUAUCACUGCAUGCACAGCACCUACCUCACCACCUCAACAAUUCCAUGAUAGGACCCCACAAUCAGCCAUUUAUGUCUCCCCGGUAUCCUGGUGGUCCCAGGCCCCCCUUAAGAAUACCUAACCAGGGACUGGCUGGUGUUCCUGGAAGUCAAACAUUACUUCCUAGUGGAAUGGACCCAUCAAGGCAACAAGGACAUCCAAACAUGGCUGGGCCCAUGCAGAGAAUGAGUGGUCCGAGAGGAAUGGUUCCUUUAGGCCCACAGAGUUAUGGAGGGGGAAUGAGACCGCCACUGAAUGCACUUGGUGGCCCAGGGAUGCCGGGAAUGAACAUGGGUCCCGGAGGUGGCAGGCCAUGGCCCAAUCCAGGCAAUGCUAAUUCGAUACCCUACUCAUCUGUGUCUCCCGGGAAUUACGUGGGUCCUCCGGGAGGUGGAGGUCCGCCAGGAACCCCAAUCAUGCCAAGCCCAGCAGAUUCCACAAAUUCUGGAGAUAACAUGUACACUUUAAUGAAUGCAGUUCCUCCGGGAGGCAACAGGCCUAAUUUUCCAAUGGGUCCCGGCUCAGAUGGCCCAAUGAGUGGAUUGGGUGGAAUGGAACCACACCACAUAAAUGGCUCACUAGGUUCAGGGGACAUGGACAGUAUUUCAAAGAACUCUCCCAAUAACAUGAAUCUGAGUAACCAGCCAGGCACACCAAGGGAUGAUGGAGAAAUGGGUGGAAAUUUCUUAAACCCCUUUCAGAAUGAGAGUUAUUCUCCUAGCAUGACAAUGAGCGUGUGAUUCCUCCUCGAGUCUCGUCAUGAAGACGCCGCGAGUCAGCCCUCUUCACAGAUCUCCAACCGAAGAGAAUCAUCCAUCACCGUACAGUUUAACCGACGGACCCCGGUCCCUGCCGCACAAACCUUUUCUUUAUGUUGCCAUGAACCCUCUUGUGUGAAGGAGCCGGUCCAACCCAGACUCAAGCAGCUGUAAAGAGUGGCCUGUGUAAGGAUUGCCCUGAACAGAACUGCAAUUUAUCAUCUGUACAUAUAUAUAAAUAUAUAUAAAUAUAUAUAUAUUCCCACAGGACAUUGUAAAAGGAUAUUAUCACAUGCCAUCUUAGGUAGCGAGACAUAGAGACUUUUAUUCCAACUUUUUUUUUUUCUCGUUUUGUUUUUUGUUUCGUUUUUUUUUUCACGUUUACAUUUUAAUGAUAAAAUGUUGCAUUUUUCUCCCUGAACUAUUUUGUGCUGUGUAUAUCACUGCUUAAUAAGUUAUUUUUUAAGGUAAACUCAAAUGUUGUUCUGGUUUUGUAAAUGUCUGCAAUCAUGGAUAGGAAUAAAAUGCUUAUGAGUGCUUUUAUUAAA